UGGGGCGGAGUCCUCCCCGUUCCUCGCGGCCCGUCCAGGCAGGUCCUUGCGGCGGACUCUCCUGGCCGCUCAUUCCUAAAAGCAGGCGAGCCUCGAGCAGCAAGCAGGAUGGAUCAGGUGAAAUACGGGGUUCAGGAGAAGCUGGAGAUCGCGGGGAUGGAGGACGAGGACGGGAACCCCAUCAGUGCCCUCAGCAUCCUGUCUCUGCUGGAGCGCGUGGCCGGCAUCAUCGACAACGUGCAGGCAGGCCAGCGCCGCAUGGAGGAGCGGCAGCUGGAGCUGGAUGACAGCAUCAGGAGCGUCCAGGGGGACGUCCUGAAGCUGGCCAAGGACCACGCCGACGCCAGCGCCUGCGUGGACAAACUCCUGCAGAAGACGCGCAAGGUCAGCGCCAACGUCAAGGAAGUCCGAGCGCGUGUGGACAAGCAGAACGUGCGCGUCAAGAAGGUGGAGAGCGCCCAGGACCAGCUGCUCACCAGGAACAAGUUCAGGGUGGUCAUCUACCAGGGGGAUGCUGAGGUUCCAUCAGUAGCGAUCACCAAGGGUCCAAAGGCGGUGGGCCUGGAGGCUCUGGAGAUGGAGGCCGACGCCUACGACGUUCCAGCCGACCUCUCCUCGGACGAGGAGUAUCUGAGCAUGGAAGAGGCGGACCCCUCGCGAGCGGCCCGCUUUAAGAAGUCCAUGGUGAAGAGCUCUGAGACCCUAAAAGCCGCCUUCUCCAAAGAGAACAUGAGCAAGACCAAAGACAACCUGGGCACCAAGUUCCACAACCUGGGAGAGAAGGUCAUGCCACCCGAGCGGCGCGAGAAGAUGCACCAGGCGGGAGAACGCAUCAAGCAGAGCGGAGAACGCCUCAAAGAGAACAUCGCCAAGAAGGCCCCCGCUAAGGACACCUUCCGCAUCAAGACCAAGAAGGAGCGCGCCGUCGCCGAGGGCCAGGAGGUGGCCCAAGAGGAGGCCCAGGAGGGUGCCCAGGAUGGUACCCAGGAGGAUGCCCAGGCCCAGGGAGUGGCCUACAGCGAAGUGGUCUCCGACACCAAGAAAGCGGUGCCAGUGAAGGAGGGCGCGGUAGACCAGGAGUAAUCGACCAAAGAAGAUUGACGCCUGCUGGUGUCCUUGUCGUCAUGGGGACUAAACACAGCACCACGUUCUCACGCCACCUGCUGGCUACUUUUAGGAUUGACGUGACAGGACAAUAUUCAUGAAAAAUAUUGUAAUUAAAAACAUUAAGACAG